CCGCCGCCGCCGGAGCGCGAGCAACAGCUUCGUGGCGGGAGAGGGCGUCGCUGUCCGCCAAGCGCCGGCGGCCGGUGCGCUGAGAUGUUCAGCAUUUCAACUUCAUCAAAGAUUAACUUGAUACUCAUGGGCUAAUCCGGGAGCCUAAAAACAAUUUGUUUCACUACGCCUGUAAGGAAAUAUGCCCAAAUUCCCAUCGGUUGAUUUGCUGGAAAGUUUUUAGAACACACCUAAUGUGAUAUAGCCUCCUUCAGCCCCAACACCACCUUGAAGAUGGAAUUAUGAAUAUGGCAGCUUUCCUACGGGGCUGGGAGGAGAAGGGGAUAAAGAGCGACAGGCCCGAGGCUCAGCUGAGUAAAGAGAAAAAGAAAAUCCUGUUCUCCUUCUGUGAGGUCUGCAACAUCCAGCUGAACUCGGCUGCACAGGCCCAGGUGCACUACAACGGCAAAUCCCACCGCAAACGAGUCAAACAGCUGAGUGAUGGGCAGCCCCCGCCCCCAGCCCAAGGAUCUGGACCGCUGCUGGCCAGCCCCAGCAGCAACACCAGUGCAGGCAGUACAUGCCACACUACUACCCUUCCUGCUCUUGUGCGCACACCUACCCUGAUGAUGCAGCCUUCACUGGAUAUCAAACCCUUUAUGCCUUUUCCAGUGGACAGUAGUUCUGCUGUUGGGCUCUUUCCAAAUUUUAACACAAUGGAUCCUGUUCAAAAAGCAGUCAUUAAUCACACGUUUGGAGUGUCCAUUCCUCCAAAGAAGAAACAAGUUAUUUCUUGUAAUGUCUGCCAGCUUCGCUUUAACUCUGAUAGCCAGGCCGAGGCCCACUACAAAGGAAGUAAACAUGCCAAGAAGGUCAAAGCACUAGAGGCAACGAAAAAUAAAUCCAAAAUGGUUUCUUCCAAGGACAGCGCAAAGGCUAGCCCCAGCUGCGCCAUCACUCCAAUCACAGGCAACAGCUCUGACAAAUCAGAAGAUAAAGGAAAGUUAAAAGGCAAUAGUUCCAGUCAGCCAUCAAGCUCUGAAAGUGGCUCAUAUCUCCUCAAAUCUGGCGCCACAGCCCUGCCACCUGGAGCAGCCACCUCUCCUUCCAAGAGCACAAAUGGAGCUCCUGGUACUGUUGCUGAGUCAGAAGAAGAAAAAGCCAAAAAAUUACUUUAUUGUUCACUAUGCAAAGUGGCUGUGAACUCCCUGUCACAGCUAGAGGCACACAACACAGGAUCUAAACACAAGACCAUGGUUGAGGCACGCAAUGGGGCUGGUCCAAUUAAGUCCUACCCUAGACCAGGAUCACGGUUAAAGAUGCAGAAUGGCAGUAAGGGCUCAGGACUACAGAACAAGACAUUUCAUUGUGAAAUCUGUGAUGUCCAUGUUAAUUCAGAAAUUCAGCUCAAACAGCACAUUUCUAGCCGAAGGCAUAAAGAUCGAGUUGCAGGGAAGCCGUUGAAGCCGAAAUACAGCCCUUACAACAAACUGCAGAGGAGCCCAAGCAUUCUAGCAGCAAAACUUGCAUUCCAGAAAGAUAUGAUGAAGCCUCUGGCCCCUGCCUUCCUGUCCUCGCCCCUGGCGGCAGCUGCGGCUGUGUCCUCGGCGCUGUCACUUCCUCCCAGGCCGUCUGCCUCGUUCUUCCAGGCUCCAGCCAUCCCUCCUGCUCUCCUGAGGCCUGGGCAUGGACCCAUCCGUGCCACUCCGGCCUCCAUCCUCUUCGCUCCCUACUGAUGUCUGCAAGUCCCAAGAUGAUUGAGGCCAGUAGGGAGGCUGAGAAGAAAAGCCAAAAGGAUUCAGCAGUUUAGGCAUUUUGCGUGCAGUAAGUACCCCCAGCUACCCGCAUUGCACCACACGCCACCCCAAGCCCCAGCUCCAAAGAAAAGAUCCCUAGAUUCAAGCGUGUUUUUGUGGUCCUUGCUUGUCAUUUAGGAAAUCUGAGCAACAUAGUCUAUCUCCCUGUUCCUGGCCCUAGCCCCAUUCAAAUUGUGUAUCUGAGACAUUUGGUUGCUUGAAAAUGUAUUGGUCAGAACAACAACAACAAAAUUCUCUUUUUUCAUGGGGCGUGAUCUGGCUUUGAAACAAUAUGGAAUAUUUUCCUGACAGACUUGAAAACUAGGAUCUUCCUUGAUGUCUGUAAAUAACUCUAGAAUCCAAGUGGGUGAGCAUCUUCUAGCGUGGAACACAAGUGCUGACUUGUGAAUACCAUCUCACUAACGGAUCACAACAUCUUCGUUCUGGUGUGCUGUUGUUGACAGGGAUCGUGUACUGUUUUAGACCCGAGUACUGUUGUAUCCUGUGUAGUACUAGACCUGUAUUUCUUGUCUGAUUUCAGCAUUUUUAGUUGCUGUGUAAAUGUUAGGAAGCAAAGUAGUUUUGCAUUUUCUCUUGAAGAGAACAAAAGAUACGUAUUUUCUUUAUUUCACAUUUUAUUUGGAGAUAUUUAAACAAAAUAGAAAGCCAUAUGACAUAGUUAUAAUUACUACCUAUUUGCUAUUUUUUCUUUAACUUAUUUUGUAGCUUCCUUACCAGUUUGAGUUGCUCAGCAAACGUAUGCAAACAGAAACAGAGCUUCCUAAACUGCACAUUUUUGCACCUCUUGUGCAUUCUGCAAGAAGACAAUGAAUUCAUGUGUUUCUAUGUAAUUAUCUUCAUUUUUAACCUGUUUUCAUUUGUAAUGAUGCUACAUAAUUUUGUGGCUCCCUAAUGCAAUAAUGUACAGAAGAUAAAAAAAUUUAUAAUUGAACAAUUUGUCUUUCUGUUCACUGAGUCUGUUGCAGGCCAUUCUCUUAGGCCCCCCCUUUCUAAGCUGAUAUCAACAAAACUGGAAUGUUUGUGAUAUCGGGGGCAAGAGGUAUCAUAAAUCAACAAAAUAGAGUGAACACUUUUAGAGCAUCUUUAUCUGCAAUCUGUAAAUGGUAAAAUGUCUGUGUAUUUUUUUAAAUGUACCUUUUCAAUAAAAGUACA